UCAAACCCAUGUCUCCUGCAUUUCAGACAGAUUCUUUACUGCUGAGCCACCAGGGGAGCCCCUCAAGGAACUGAUUUGGUGCUAAUUAAGGAACCCUCCCAAUUUACAAAACAGGAAACCAGUGAUUUCUCAUUUAUACAUUUUGACCCAUUCCAUCAUUGUCUAUUGAGUGAGUAGGUGAAGGAUAAAUAAUUUGACUUUAUAGUUCACUUGUUCUGACAUAGGUUCACUCAUGUUUCCUGCCCAGCUUUUGUGGUCAUUUUAGUUUUUGACUCUAAGGUAUUUGAUGACGUGAACUGAAUUGGAGUCCUGGAAGUGCAGUGGGUCAGGGUCCAUUCCGCUGCCCAGGGAUGAUGCCUGAGUUCUGUGUGUGACUUCACAAUGCCCCCGUGGUUCCCAGCUUCCUUCUGUAGUCUGUAUGUAGAUAGCCAUGCUGACAACCUUGUGGCUGUUUAGCCUUUUUCUCCCUGUUCUGUGUGCCCAGCUAUUAGUCACCUGUGCCUAUAAGAGUCUCUGCCAGCAGGCCCUGCUCUCGGGCAAUGAUGUUGUCCUGCAGUGUGACCAUCUCAAGGCAUCCUGGUACUUCUCUUCCUUUCAGGGGGAAGAUCCCUUUUUGGUCUCCUCACUGCCUAACAUAAAGAAACUGCCUGGGGGCAGCCUCCAACUGAACAAACCUCAGCCCUCCCAGACAGGCCUCUAUCGCUGUGAGGACAAUAACACAGCCCUUGUGGUAGAAUAUGAGAUAGAUUUCCAAGAUGUCACCACGCUACAUAUUACCCACAAAGGACUAGGCCAAAACCCUCUGCAGAAUCAGAGCCUGAGUCUGGGUAGACAGGAGAUCAUCUUCACCCACUGGGAGCCCUGGCAGGACUGUAACCGCUGUGGGGUGCCAGGUGAACGCAAACGCCUGGGGUACUGCUACAUCCAAGAGUCCCUGGAAAGCCCAAUGCCCUGCUGGCUCUAUCUGGGAGAUGUGAGGCUGUGGUCCAGCCGCUUGCAGCCUGAGAUGCAGGUGGAAGCCUGCCUUGUACCCUGCAACCAGAGCAAGGAGAUCAUCCAGCCGUUCUUCACCUUUGACAUUUCCAAGUUGGGCCAGUCAACCAACAACAUGGAGCUCACCUGCCCCUUGGCGUCCAUCUACAGGUGA